AUGAAUGGGAUUGCAAUGGGAGCUGGGGUUUGUAUUUCAGUACACGGAAAAUUCCGUGUAGCAACUGAGAACUCCAUCUUUGCUAUGCCAGAAAAUGCUCUGGGAUUGUUUCCUGAUGUGGGUCAUUUCUUGUCAAGACUUCCUGGAUUUUUUGGAGAGUAUUUGGGUCUUACAGGUACAAGGUUGGAUGGUGCUGAAAUGCUGGCUUGUGGUCUGGCAACUCACUUUGUUCCCUCAGCCAAAUUGUCUCUGUUGGAAAAAGCACUAAUUUCCAGAGCAGCUUCAGCUACAUCAAGCUGUGAUCUUGCUUUUAUUUCAGCAAUUAUAGACGAAUACUCCUUGCAGCAACCGGCUCUGAACGAGAAAAGUGCUUUACACAAAAUGGAUGUCAUUGACAAGUGCUUUUCCAGACCAACAGUUGAAGAUAUCUUAAGUGCCCUUGAGAAGGAGGUUACUACAAGAGAUGCAAACAGGGCAGGUGAUGAAUGGCUAGCUUCAACGAUUCAAUCGCUGAAGAAGGCAUCGCCGAUGAGCUUGAAGAUUUGUUUGAGAUCCAUUAGAGAAGGAAGGGUGCAGGCAAUGGAUGAAUGUCUUGUCCGCGAGUACAGAAUAGCUUGUCAUGUUAUGAGAGGGCAAAUAAGCAAGGACUUCAGAGAAGGUUGCAGAGCUAUCUUGUGGGACAAGGACCAGAAACCAAAGUGGAAGCCUUCUAGUUUGGAUCUUAUCACUGAGCAUAUGGUUGACCAAUGCUUCUCUAGGUUGGAUGGUGAUGAAGAAUUAAAGCUCCCUCAAAGAUGCAACUUGCCUGUAUUUGCCAAUGCCAAGCUUUGA